AUGUAUGAACGAGAAUUUGAGAUGAGUAUGGCUGGAGAGCUAAGUUACUUCAUUAGCCUUCAAGUGAAGCAAACUAACUAUGGGUUGUUUAUUUCUCAAUCAAAAUAUGCCAAAGACCUAAUAAAAAGAUUUGUUCUGGACAGUAAAAAAUACACAAGGACACCCAUGAGCACGGUUUUUAAGUUAGGUCAUGAUCCUACAGCCAGUAGACUUGACAUAGCAUUUAGUAUUGGAGUGUGUGUGAUAUUUCAGGCUGAUCCUAAGGAAUCCCAUCUAAGUGCAGUGAGGCGUAUCAUUAGAGAGUCUAAUCUUGAUCUAGUUGGCUAUUCUAAUAUCAACUGGGCUGAAAAUGCCGAUGAUAGAAAAAGUACCUCAGGUGGAUGUUCCUAUGUUGGUUCUAAUCUUGUGUUAUUGAUGAGUAAGAAACAAAACUCAAUCUCUUUGUCUACAUCUAAGGUAGAAUACAUUGUAGCCGGUAGUUGUUGCACUCAGUUGCUUUGGAUGAAGCAAAUGCUAAGUGAUUAUGGGAUAAAAUAG